GCGAGCCCUUACCCAGCCCAAAUCGACGAACUGGGUCUACCCACCCGCCGCCCGCCCGCAGACCCAAUUCGAUGCCCUAAUCGUGCCCGGAAUCUCCCCUCCCCGUCCCCCGCAAGGCUCCACCGGCGAUCUCCGUCUCAGCCAUGGAGAUGGAGCAUGCUGUGAUCCAGCAGCAGGUCGUGGAGUACCCCGAGGAGCAUGAGGUGGAGGUGGACGUGGACAACAUCAUGAAGACGGAGGUGGCGUACGGUUCCGGGGUUCACAGCACCGCGUUCAGGUACAAGCACAAGAAGAGGUCCAAGGUCUGGGAGGAGUACAAGCCCAUCUUCCUCAACGGCAAGGUGCAGUUUGCCGAGUGCCUCUACUGCCACAACCGGCUCAGCUGCAAGGACUCCAACGGCACGAGCCACCUGUGGCGGCACCAGAAGAUCUGUCCUGCCAAGUCGGAGGCGGUGGUGGAGGGGCAACAGAAGGAUUCAUACUUCUCGUACGUUUUGGUGAAUGGAGACGGUCCAGUGUCACCAAUUGACCCGGCCAAUCAGAUUAUUUCGGAGACGCUUGAUGACAUCGGCUCAGCAACUCCAAGCAGAUUCAAGUCGAAGGUGUGGAAGGAGUUUACGCCCAUUUAUGUCGAGGGGAAACUCCAGGCUGCAGAUUGCAUUCACUGCCAAAAACGUCUCAGCGCAAAUAAGUUUGGAGGGAGAAGCCAUCUUAGUCGACAUCUCCUAACCUGUCCAGGACGGCUUGAAAGUCUCCACAAUCAGCAUAAGUUUUUGUUUGAGCCUUCGAGUGCACCUUUCAACUCCAGGGUGAAUGAUGAGCUCUCGCCUGCCUUGACAAAUGGGAAGGUUCAGAUUGCAGAAUACGCUAACAAGCUCCCCAGGACUAGUACCUCUGAUGACACCAUCCACACAGUCCAGCCCAUUCAAAUGGUGCCAGCACACCCACCACCAACAUCAGAUGGUGCAAGCCUGAAGAAACAGAGGACCUCAUAUACGAACAUUUCAACUGACAAGAACGCCGGGAAGUUUUGUCAAGAAACAUCUUACCAAGAGCUAGCCAAAAUGAUAAUUCUACAUGCUUAUCCUUUUUCAGUUGUGGAGCAUGAAGAAAUGAGAAGAGUUAUAAAGAAUCUCAACCCUAUGGUUGGGAUGGUUUCUCAUAAUGAUAUGAAAGAUCAUUGCACUGCUUUAUUUCAGAAGGAAAAGAUAAAUAUUAAGGAUGUACUUACACUUUCCUCCCGACGUGUGUCUCUGUCAGCAAGCAUCUGGACUCCUGAUGGACCUGAGCCAACAGUAAAUUACCUCUGUUUGACAGCACAUUUUGUUGGUGAUGACUGGAAAGUUCACAGAGUAAUAAUCAAAUUUGGCAUGUUUUGGUCCUCACCUACUAAUUUGGAAAGGAUAAUACACUGCAAGGAGGCUUCUGUCCCGGAGUCUGAAAGUGGAUCGUACAAUGUCAUGUGGGAUGCAAUUAGAGACUGGAAUCUUGAUCAGAAGAUUUUGAGCUUGACUUCUGUAGGUGAUGUUAGGAACAAUGCAAAUACCGUUAAGCUAAAGGAAAUGCUCAUAGAAAAGAAGUGCCUUCCUAUUCGAGGCAAGCUAUACAACAUUCCUUGUCUGGACGACAUCUUAAAUAGUGUUGUUGCCGCAGGGCAAGCAGAUAUACUUCGCUUUGUUGGUGACGCAGUAAUGGGAUUUUUUGUGGCACAUGCAUCUUCACCUUCAGCCCAACAACAGCUUCUGGAAGUCAUUUCACAAAUGAGUUUGAAGUGUCCACAAGAAGAUGCUAAGUGGUGGCACAAAUUUUAUUUUAGGCUUGAAGUUCUUUUGCAUUUCAAGAAGUCAUUUCCUUCUGAAGAAGUGCUGAAUCUAGAAGAUAUGAAUGUUGCUGAGUCUAUUUGCAAGAUUUUGAGGACGUUUUAUCGUGUCAUUGAAGUAAUAUCUUGCCCUAGCUCUGUCACAGCAAAUAUAUACUUUAAUGAGGUUUGGAAAGUGAGGACGGUGUUGCAAGAAGAAGCAUCAAAUGGUAAUGGAGAAUUUUCUGGAAUGGUUAUGGAGAUGCAGGAAGCGUUCCAUGGGUAUUGGCAAAAUUCGUACUUGUGGUUGUCAAUACCUGUUGUUCUGGAUCCUAGAUUUAAAAUCGGUUUCAUUGAGUUUCGUCUGAAGCGAGCUUUUGGCACAAAUUCCGAGAGCUACUUAUCUGACAUACGUGAAACGGUCCGUGAACUCUUCAAUGAAUACUGCAACCCUACAGAUCUGCCAAGCACAGCUUCAAAUAGUGCAGCUUUGGAUGCGGAUAAUGAUUUAUUGGAAGAUUGGGAUCAGCAUCUCAAUGAACAAGCAAGUUGUCAGAUAUCUACAGAACUUGAUGACUACCUUGAAGAGGGUCUAGUUCCAAGAAAGGAUGAGUUUGACAUUCUAAACUGGUGGAUGAAUCAUACCACAAAGUACCCAACGCUAGCAGCUAUGGCGCAGGACAUAUUAGCUAUGCCAGCUUCUGCUGUCCAAUCUGAAGCAGCAUUCAGCAGCAGCGGACCGGUAAUUCCAAAGCACUACAGCACAUUGAACAUCAAGACUAUUGAAGCACUUGUGUGUGCUCGAGACUGGAUGAGAUAAAACGGGCAAUUGUACAUGGAAAGCCCAGCUUACUGGAAUACUGCCUAGUAGAUCAGUGCUCUGGUGCUAGCUCAUAAGAGUGAAGAGUUUAUGACGACGUGAAGAAGGCUCGGAGAAUUCUCGCCCCAAUGUACCCGUGCCAUAUGCUGAUACAGUUCUGAACGAUGAAGUUGCCGGACGUAUGAUUUGUUUCAGACAUCUGUGUAGGUCGUUUUCGACCAAAGACCGGUCGCCAGCCCCGCCGAUGAUGAUGACCAGCUUGGUGGCUGCUGUUGACAUGCCCUGCUUCCUUUCCUGUGGAGACAUGUUCAUCGGCGUGUAAUUUUUGUACAUAUCGACUCCGUGCCAUUUGGUCGCUGUAAGACGCCUCGGCGCCUAUGCAGCUAGUUGGUGGAGUUGUGAGUUUCUGAAUGUACUGGGAAUAUGGGUGUAUUGAUGUCAGCAUAAGAAUGUCAUGGGAGCAGAAGCGAGUUGCUGCU